AUAGUUGAGUCGAAAGUGUUUUGGGGUUAGGACAACUAGGCAGCCAACGUUCAACUUCAAUAAUUCGAAGAAUUCCCUCUCAAAUCACAAAAUUUGAAUUCAUACUUAAAAAACCAUUCAAAGAAAUAGCAACAAAUUUAAUGCCACACAAUAAAUCACAACGUCCGAAAACCACGAACUCCCUGCAAUCACGCACUCUGUUUUUUUUCCUUCCUCUUCAUGGAACAAGAAGAAGCCGACUGCACCCGCCAGCCCGGCUCCACCCCCAGCUCGGCUCAAGUACCUCCAUCUUCGUCAUUUGUCACUCUCUCCCCAUUCCCUCCAAUCCCAUCUCCCUCCUCCCGCCGCCGCCUCUCCAGCCACUUCACGCCGACCCGAGCCGUCACGUCGUCUCUGCGACUGGCCUGGGUGUCUUUGCGAGGGCGGCUUGUGAAUGCAGAGGAAGCCAGCUCGGCUAAUGCCAUUGGGUUGAGACUGGAGGAUGGUGUGGCUUGGGAGCUGUUUAGUCCUGCUCAAAGGUUUCUGAUUGUUGCUGUUAUUGGUGUUGCUGUUUCUGAGUCUAAAAAGAAUGGGAUCAUUAAUCAGCUCAAGAAGUCUGUGGAGCUUAGGGAUCAGGUGCUAUCAAGCAUGCAGCAGAAGCUUGAUAAUCUGUGUGAUCAGUUGAGUAACAUUAACAGCCAGGCAGGAACCAAGGCCAAUGCAUCAUUCAACAACAAGAACGUUGAACCGCCAUCUAAUGAUGUUUUUGGUUGUGAUGAAACUAAAUUUGUUGACUGUGGUUGUUGGCAUUGUGAUCAACACCAAGACCUUGGUGGUUUGAUGGGAAACUCUAUUGUCAAAGUUUCUAGAGGUGAUGAGGUGUUGCAGUACAAAAUGCCUUUCAUAAAUGAGGUGGAGCAUGAAGAGCGCCGCAUGUCAGAUUUGUCAGAUUGGGCUUCAAGUGUUACAUCUGCAGCAGAUAUGCAGAUGAACGCUUUUGCAAUAGACCAAGACAUCUGCAACCUCAAGAGAGAGUGUGAAGAGAAGGAUGCCACCAUAAAGGAGCUGGCUGGUAUUCUUCAAUCAAAUAAUAUGGCAGGUUCUAAGAGAAUUGGAGAGUUGGAAGACAUUAUAUGCAGGAAGAACACAAUGAUUACAAGACUUAGGAAGGACAUGAUGGUAUUAGAACAAAAGGUGGUGAAUCUUACAAGACUUCGUAGACCAUCCUCCUCCUCAUUGUCUAUCUCAGACAGUUCAAAACUUCCUCUCAUGGUGAAUAACGUAGUUUAUGACAUGGAUAGUACCACUAGUCCUUCCUCCUCUGAUUCAGAUUCCUCUCCUGUGAACCGACCACAAGCUCCUGCUGCUAAAAUUGAGGAGACUCCCGUUCAGAGUACUGAGCUUGGUUUAACAAAAAACCAGAAAUCAGCACCAGCAAAGGCUUCCAGUUCUUUGGUAGGAUUAACCGAGUUUCACAUACAGUCUAGAUCAGAAAAUCCUCUUAAAGAAAUAUCGGCAAAUCAAAAGUCCAUUGGACUUCCUACUUCGAGGUCAAAGCAGUUGUCAGCUGAAGGGGACAUCAGGAAGAUUAGAAGGCGGACUCAAAGUGCAACUAAGAAUACAUCUUCCAAUAAGAGAUGGGUCUAGUAAGUAAUGCACACCUGUCAUAGGUGGUUAAUAUAUAAUAUAUAUAAGAAAGCAGCGUCCAUAUUUGAGUACUUGAGAUUUGAGAACCUAAGCGUUUUCUCUUUUCAAGUUUCCCUAGCACCUUUAAAUUUGCUUUCCAGGAAGUUGGCAUGAAGUUUCACAUCUCAGAAUCUGAAAAAUGAGGUGGGUAAAAAACGAACCUGUUGGUGUUUGGAAUGCGGGGAAAACUUUAUAAUAAUGACUCGAAAAAAUUGACUUGCUCUCAGUUGCAAACUUUGCUUUCUGUGACCAUUCAAUUCUUUCAGGAAUCAACUCUGUAAAUCUCCAUCCACCCAAAAUAGUAAUUUUGCAAAUUUUAGCUAGGUUCUGGGAAUGUUAAUCCAACAAAUGUUUUAAAUAUGCCAUUAUCGCAUCUCGCAGUGCCCUUUGAAUGAGAUUUUCUCUUACUCUGGAAAAGAUACAUUUGUUGCUUGAUGAUUGA